CAAAUUGAUAAAGAGCUUGUGUAUGUAUAAAAUUGAAAUUGAUAUUCGCAUCCUCAAUUAAACCCUAAUUCUGAAAUCAAACAUCAAACCAAACAAUGGGACAUAGCAACGUUUGGAAUUCUCACCCCAAGACUUACGGUCCUGGUUCUCGGACUUGCCGUGUGUGCGGGAAUUCACAUGGAUUGAUCAGGAAGUAUGGCCUUAUGUGCUGUAGGCAAUGCUUCCACAGCAAUGCCAAGGAAAUUGGUUUCAUUAAGUACCGCUGAAGAGUUUUUGCAAUCUGCUCAGGCAUUAGAAUGUUGUGAGGAUUGCAUGUUUGAAGAAAUUUAACACUUUUUUGCAUUUGGUUUGUUUGUCAAGCUGGAUUUGUGGAAUUAAGAAUCCUUUUAUACAUAUUGUUUUUAUUUUCUAUUCUCCUUCCUACAUGUGAUCCUCUAAUCUUUUUUUGGAAACUAUGCAAUCUUGAUCUACAUAUUGUUUUUAUUCAUUUACUCUUUUCCUA